AUGUACGAAAUCGUAUGCCGUCAACUUGAUACCAACAGCAAUGUCCGCAAACCCAUCCGCCGACAAACUGAAAUGCGAUGAAGAACCCAAACCAGUCCAGAGCGACAAACCAAAGAAAUGUAAAGUGACUGCAAUCACAGAAGUUAAAACUAAGGUUUGCCAUGUGGACCCCGCGCCCGAGCCGCCGCCGCCCGACCUCUGCCUGCUGCAGAAGAUCAGAGAGAAGGAGAAGGCAGGUAUCACAAUAUGUCCUCGGCCACCAGUCAUACAACCCUCUCCCCCUCCGCCUUGUACCGCUAUAUGUAUCGAAAAAGUAAAGAAUCCUCCAGUACCUCCAUCUCAAGACUUUCCUAUAGUUUGUGUAGUAGAAAGAGAACAAACAACAACUGAACGCUGUGACGCAAUAUUAGACACAACUGCUGCACAUCCUGAUCUCCCGUGGCCUGGCUGUCCUCCUCCACCAGACCCCCCACCGCCCCCAGUAAGGGACCCAUGUGAAGAACAAAAACGACGCCAACAUAUCGAAGAGUGCAAGGAACGGAAAAAGAGAUAUUUAGAGUGAAAUGGAUAGAAUUAUCAAGG